GUGUAGCCAGCCUGAUAAGCCCAUUAAUUUGAUUCUUCUUAUAUGAGAAUAUUGAUGUACUUCAUUCCUAUUAGAGUUUCUGCGACCAUGAAGAGCAGUUGGAUAUUUCUGUGUGGACUUUCUAUUUGUACCUGGUUGUCUGUCCAAGGAACCUACAGCUAUGGAGGAUGUGAGUGUCUACUACCUUUUAAUCUUUCCUCUCUGCUAGCCUUAAAUAAUGUAAUAAUUAAUUAUUCAAAAUUCAAAAUCCCUCUGUGCUAAAUUAUUUUAGAUAUUUCUGCACAUAAUCAGGCAUCAUCAUCCUUAAAUAGGUUGUUGCUUUCGAUAUUGGGGACAUGCAUUUAUAAUUAUUUGACUUCUUUCAGACUCAAGAGGAUAGCAGAUACCCUACAAAACACUAUCUUAGCUAAUUGGCCUACCUGCAGCACUUGUUGUAUUCCCGUAUACCUGUAUUUGUGUAUUCUGUCUCUGUAGCUAUAGUAGUAGAUAUUAAAAUGGCACAUUUAAUCUAAUGAUAUUUAAUACAGGUAUGCUUUUAGGAGAAAGGGGUUUGUGUUUACAUGAAACAUGAUAAUACUACAGAGCCUCUAUAGUCUAUGAAGGUCUCACAGUAGAUCUUGAUGUGAAAGUGGAUAUGUUUAUUUGUGGUACUCUUGGCGAAGAGAGUAAAUCAUCAACACUUUCUAUUGAUCCUUACUGUGUGGUGAGGUGAUAAGGUGGGGCAGAUAUAGGUAUUAAGUCCUGGAGUUGCUGAGGUGAGUUUUGUUAAGCCUUUGGGCAACCAUAUCGACCUGGAGUCCCUGAAUCACUGCAUUACUGAUAUCUCUGUCCCAAAUGGCACCCUAUUCCCCAUACUGUGCACUACUAUGGGCCCUGCCCAAAAGUAGUGCACUAAAUAGGAAUAGGGUGCCAUUUGGGACGCAGCCAAUGACUCGUGAUAAUGGGUAAAGUCUAUCUCCUCUUAGGGCAUGACGACAUGAGGUUCUGAGCUCUGUGUACCUUUCCAUAUUACCCAAUCGACAAAAACGGCUACAUGCAGAAGCCUGUCAUAACCACAGGAACUCCUCAAAGUGAUCAUUUAGUGUGUGAAAUGAGAACAUGAUAUCCUCAGGAUAGCUUAUGCUUGGGAAAAUGGUUGUCAAAUGAUUGUGGCAGUAUGGGUUUGCUAUGAUGAUACAAACCAUUACCAUAGCAAUCAAACAGACAUUUGCUCGAUUGCAAACAUGGUGUUGCCCACAGUGGGAGCAAGGUAUUAUGAGAUCUGGGCCUGCUGACAGUAGUUUACAUCACUGUGAGAAAAGACUGAGGCUGUGCUACUGCCAACCCCCCCUUAGAUUGUAUAAAGAUGGUAGCCUACAUAACAAAACAUUUUCACAUUUUAUGUGACUGUCAAAGGGCAAUAGCUAACUUCAUGGUGUUCAAGGGAAUUUAUGAGGGGCAGACUGCUUAUCCCAUAGGCUGACAAAUAUACUCAGAUUUAUGUUUUUAUGAUUCUAGAAAAGAUUGGAUCUCAUCUAAAACACAGUGCUCACAAAUGUCCUAACAAUGUGUAUGUCACCCCUGUAGCAGACAUCUGUGAAUGCAAUGGAAAGUCACGUUAUUGCCUGCCUGACUCUGGGGGCCUCCAUUGUGUGGACUGCCAAGACAACACAGAGGGAAGGCAUUGUGAGAGGUGCAAGGAGGGAUUCCACCACCAGAGGGCAGGAGACAGGUGUCUGCCAUGUAACUGCAGCCCUAUAGGUGAGUGACCAGAACAUGAAAUGAAAACCAUACCUGGGCCCAUAUUCAAAAGUGUCUGCACAUCUAGGAUCAGUUUAGCCUUUUAGAUCAUAAUGAGAUUUCAUAAUAAUAAGAUUUCAUGGAACAGAUCCUAGUUCAGCACUCCUACUCUGAGACUCUUUAUGAAUAAGGUCCCUGGUGUAUUUGAUAAUGGCUUCCCAGAUGUCUAGGUUGUGAGGUGAUGUUUGGUGUCUAUGUGGUUUCUUCCAGGUUCCGUAGGCUCACACUGUGACAGUAAAGGACAUUGCAGCUGUAGAGCGGGUGCACAGGGGGAGAAAUGUGACCGAUGCCCCAAUGGAACACCUAUCAGCUCAAAUGGCUGUGCUAACAGGUAAAAUACAUUUUACAUUCACCUGCAUUGUACUGUUUGUUAAGUACAACAAUGGAAUUAUAGGGGCAUAAAAUGAAAGGACUGAGAGGACUUCAAAAGGAUCUACUGUAUUGCCUCGCUUUUCGUUAUUGAAUUUUAGAAUAAAGAUUGACUAAUUAUUGACUAAUUCAAAUGUGUGUUCAUGUUUUUCUUAUGCAGUGGUCAGCUCACUGACAAUUCAGUGACAGCUCAAUCGCUACCUUGCUUUUGCUAUGGACACUCGUCUCAGUGCUCCCCAGCAAAGGGCUACUCAGUCCACACAAUCACCUCAACAUUCGACAAUGGUAAGUUAACACCCAUACGCUUGAUCGAAACAUAAAAUAAACACCUGAAAUAUACUUCAUUUUAAGUUAUUAAAUGUGUGUGAAUCUUCUGUUUUUCAGGGCCUGAGGGGUGGCGAGCGGCCACAGCUCAUGGUGUGACCCCAUCCCAAGUCCACUUCCGCUGGUCCCCCACUCACAAAGACAUUGAGGUCAUCUCCAAAGACAUCAUGCCUGCUUACCUCUAUGCCCCUGGUGAGUGCUCCCUGCUCUCCGCUAUUAGUCCUGACUUCUGUACCCUCUUAUUUUUGGAGAAACUUUACCUUUCGUUCCAACAAAUAUCGAACUAAAAUAUAUAUACAAAAGUAUGUGGACACCCCUUCAAAUUAGUGGAUUCGGCUAUUUCAGCCACACGUGUUGCUGACAGGUGUAUAAAAUCGAGCACACAGCCAUGCAAUCUCCAUAGACAAACAUUGGCAGUAGAAUGGCCUUACUGAAGAGCUCAGUGACUUUCAACAUAGCACCGUCAUAGGAUGCCACCUUUCCAACAAGUCAGUUCGUCAAAUUUCUGCCCUGCUAGAGCUGCCCCGGUCAACUGUAAGUGCUAAUAUUGUGAAGUGGAAAAGUCUAGGAGCAGCAACGGCUCAGCUGCGAAGUGGUAGGCCACACAAGAUCACAGAUCGGGACCACUGAGUGCUGAAGCCAAUAGCAUGUAAAAAUCGUCUGUCCUCAGUUGCAACACUCACUACCGAGUUCCAAACUGCCUCUGGAAGCAAACUGCCUCUAAAAGCAGCAUCAGCACAAUAACUGUUUGUCAGGAGCUUCAUUAAAUGGGUUUCCAUGGCCGAGCAGCCGCACUCAAGUGGCACACAAGCCUAAGAUCACCAAUGCCAAGCGUCGGCUGGAGUGGUGCUCGCCGCCAUUGGACUCUGGAGCAGUGGAAACGCGUUCUCUGGAGUGAUGAAUCACGCUUCACCAUCUGGCAGUCCGACGGAUUAAUCUGGGUUUGGCGCAUGCCAGGAGAAUGCUACCUGCCCCAAUGCGUAGUGCCAACUGUAAAGUCUGAUGGAGGAGGAAUAAUGGUCUGGGGCUGUUUUUCAUGGUUCGGGCUAGGCCCCUUAGUUCCAGUGAAGGGAAAUCUUAACGCUACAGCACACAAUUAGAUUUUAGACGAUUCUGUGCUUCCAACUUUGUGGCAAUAGUUUGGGGAAGGCCCUUUCCUGUUUCAGCAUGACAAUGCCCCCAUGCACAAAGCGAGGUCCAUACAGAAAUGACCUCAACCCCAUCGAACACCUUGGGAUGAAUUGGAACGCUGACUGCAAGACAGACAUAAUCGCUCAACAUCAGUGCCCAACCUCACUAAUGAUCUUGUCGCUGAAUGAAAGCAAGUCCACGUAGCAAUGUUCCAACAUCUAGUGGAAAGCCUUCCCAGAAGAGUGGAGGCUGUUAUAGCAGCAAAGGGGGGACCAACUCCAUAUUAAUGCCCAUGAUUAUGCAAUGACAUGUUCGACGAGCAGGUGUCCACAUACUUUUGGUCAUGUAGUGUAUAUGUUACAUCACAUGCUUCCUUAAUAAUAACCCCCUAGAGUCGAUGUCUGCGCCCCCGCGGAAAUCAAAUUAGCAUAAUACAAAAAUCCCCAUAAAAAUUGGUCCAUUUAAGCUAGAGAUAUCUUUUUUUGCAUUGGAUGCGUCUCAUCCGCCGGUGUUGUCCUUCCGCAAAUGUUUGGACACACCUACUCAUUCAAGGGUUUUUCUUUAUUUUUACUAUUUUCUGCAUUGUAGAAUAAUAGUGAAGACAUCAAAACUAUGAUAUAAAACAUAUGGAAUCAAGCAAAAAUUUUUUAAACAAAUCAAAAUAUAUUUUAUAUUUGAGAUUCUUCAAAUAGCCACCCUUUGCCUUGAUGACAACUUUGCACACUCUUGGCAUUCUCUCUUAGACAGGGCUUGGACUGUAAUGGGUUUAAAGUUACCAUUCAUCAAUUAUUAUGAUACUAAAAUGAUCUUGCGCUCUGUUUUAUUUUGUGAUGGCUAGACUCUUACCUGGGAAACCAGGAGCUGAGCUACGGUCAGAACAUAUCCUUCUCCCUGAGGCUGGACCGAGGGGUUCGCCACCCGUCCACGGCUGAUGUGGUGCUGGAGGGAUCUGGGCUGAGAGUGGCAGCUUCCCUGGGAGACCUGAGGACCAUCGUCCCCUGUGGACAGAAGAUCACCUACACAUUCAGGUGGGAAUCAGGCAGAGCACCUUGCUAGACAGAUAAGCUUGAUUCUAGCAUUUUUCACAUCCUUUGACUUUUUUCACAUUUAGUUGUGUUACAAAGUGGGAUUAAAAUGGAUUGAAUUGUCAUUUUCUACCAACGAUCUACACAAAAUACUCUGUAAUAUCAAAGUGGAAGAAACAUUUUUUAUAUAUUUUGAAUUUAUGGAAAAGAAAACACUAAUAUAUCUUGAUUAGAUAAGUAUUCAAGGCCCUGAGUCAAUACAUGUUAUAAUCACCCAUUGGCAGCGAUUAAAGCUGUGAGUCUGGGUAAGUCUCUAAGAGCUUUAAACACCUGGAUUGUACAAUAUUUGCCCAUUUUUCUUUUAAAAAAUUGUCAAGCUCUGUCAAGUUGGUUGUUGAUCAUUGCUAGACAGCCAUUUUCAAGUCUUGCCAUAGAUUUUCAAGCCGAUUUAAGUCAAAACUGUAACUACGCCACUCAGGAACAUUCAAUGUCAUCUUGGUAAGCAACUCCAGUGUAUAUUUUGGUUUUGUGUUUUAGGUUAUUGUCCUGCUGAAAGGUGAAUUUGUCUCCCAGUGUCUGUUGGAAAGCAUACUGAACCAGGUUUUCCUCUAAGAUUUUGCAUGUGCUUAGCUCUAUUCUGUUUAUUUUUAUCCUAAAAAAAACUCUCUAUCCCUUGCCGAUGACAAGCAUACCCAUAACAUGAUGCAGCCACCACCAUUCUUGAAAAUAUGACGAGUGGUACUCUGUGAUAUGUUGUGUUGGAAUUUCCCCAAACAUAACGCUUUAUAUUCAGGACAAAAAAGUAUAUUUCUUUGCCACAUUUUUUGCAGUAUUACUUUAGUACCUUAUUGCAAACAGGAUGCAUGUUUUGGAAUAUUUUUAUUUUGUACAGGCUUCCUUAUUUUCACUCAGUCAUUUAUGUUAGUAUUGUGGAGUCAUUUAGGUUAGUAUUGUGGAGUAACUACAAUGUUGUUGAUCCAUCCUCAGUUAUCUCCUAUCACGGCCAUUAAACUGUGUAACUGUUUUAAAUCACCAUUGGCCUCAUGGUGAAAUCCCUGAGCAGUUUCCUUCCACUCCAGCAACUUAUUUAGGAAGUGCACCUGUAUCUUUAUAGUGGCUGUGUGUAUUGAUACAUUUACAUUUUAGUCAUUUAGCAGACGCUCUUAUCCAGAGCGACUUACAGUUAGUGAAUACAUAUAUUUUUUUAUACUGGCCCCCCGUGGGAAUCAAACCCACAACCCUGGCGUUGCAAACGCCAUGCUCUAUCAACUGAGCUACAUCCCUGCCGGCCAUUCCCUCCCCUACCCUGGACGACGCUGGGCCAAUUGUGCGCCGCCCAUGAGUCUCCCGGUCGCGGCCGGCUGCGACAGAGCCUGGAUUCGAACCAGGAUCUCUAGUGGCACAGUUAGCACUGCGAUGCAGUGCCUUAGACCACUGCGCCACUCAGGAGACACACCAUCCAAAGUGUAAAAUUAAUAACUGGACCAUGCUCAAAGGGAUAUUCAAUGUCUGUUUUAUUUAUUUAUUAUCCAUCUAGCAAUAGGUGCACUUCUUUGCAAACCAUAGCAACACCUCCCUGCUCUUUGUGGUUGAAUCUGUGCUUCAAAUUCAUUGCUCGACUUAGGGAAGUUACAGAUAAUUGUAUGUGUGGGGUACAGAGAUGGGUUAGUCCACGCAACUUAUAAUGUGACUUGUUAAGCACAUUCUUACUCCUGAACUUAUUUAGGCUUGCCAUAACAAAAGGGUUGAAUAUUUAUUGACUCAAGAAAUUUCAAUUGUUCAUUUUUAAUGCAUUUUUUUUAAUUUCAAAAAACAAAAUUCCAUUUUAACAUUAUGGGCUAUUAUGUGUAGAUCAGUGACAUUCAAAAUGUAACACAACAAAAUGUGGAAAAAGUCAAGUUGUGUCCAACACACAGCUAUGGGGGUACCAAGUGUACCGACUGAUUGGAAACCGUCUGUCUCAGGGCAGGUACAAACAUAAUUUGAUCUGCAGGAGAUAAGUAGGCAGGUGUGAAUAGUGAGAUAGAUGUGGUCCUCUGUAGCUCAGCUGGUAGAGCACGGCGCUUGUAACGCCAAGGUAGUGGGUUCGUCCCCGGGACCACCCAUACACAAAAAUGUAUGCACGCAUGACUGUAAGUCGCUUUGGAUAAAAGCGUCUGCUAAAUGGCAUAUUAUUAUUAUUAUUAUUAUUAUGCCAAAGACAUAACAAUUGAGAAACACAUUAUAGACAAUUUCACAUUGUGGCUGUGGAGUGUGAAGGGGUCAAUGUUUAUCUCACACUGAUUGAAUGUAUUUGCUUGAUAACAGUUAGUAAGCCAGAGGGUCAUCUGCUUGUCUGAUUCAAAUGAAUUACAAUGAAGGGUAAAUGGCUGGUUGGCAAGCAGCCUAUCUCUAAUUGGUCAAAUCCAAUCCUGUCUCACAACAAACUGCACCAUAAACCACUUCAUCGUGACCAUAAUCGUAGUACAGUAACAACACUGGUUUUUGCUUCCGUAAAUACAUAUGUUUCCAUAUUUAUUCUCAUAUUCAUAAUAAGCUAAAUAUACAGUGUAACAAUGAAUAAUUACAAUAGAUACAAUGUAAUUACAGGAAUAAUUACAGUAAUAAGGACAUGGUGGUGUACUGUGUGACUGUGAAACCCAUAAGCAUAAUGCUGAUGUUCCCUCAUGCUUUAUGAAUCUGUGCACGUCUUGGGUAAACAUUGCUUGCUGUGUCUUUCAUUCUCAGACUAGAUGAGCAACAGAGCAGUAAAUGGAGCCCCCUCCUUUCAUCUUUCCAGUUUCAAAAACUCCUCCAGAAUCUGACUGCCAUCAAAAUCCGUGGGACAUUUGGGGAAAAUGGUGAGUGUUUAUUUUUGAAUGACUCAGACGAUGAGAUUGGUUACUGUUUUGCAUAAACAGAUCCUUGGAGUCAUUCCUGAUUGUAAAUAAGUGCUUUGGAACAGUUUUAUAUCGAGUUUAUUUCAGUAGUUUAUUUAUAUUUUUAUUAUGUAAUCUUUCUAAGUCAAUUAUCAAAAAUGGUAGACAUCCUCAACACAUCGCCUUCUCUUCAUCUCUUGUCAAUCACUCAAUAAAACUCAAUACCUUAUUGUCCUUUGCAGGGCGUGGUUACCUUGACAACGUUCGUAUGGAGUCUGCCCGUCAGGGGGCCGGUACCCCUGCUGCCUGGGUCCAGAACUGUAACUGCCCAGCAGGAUACGAGGGCCAGUUCUGUGAGAGGUGUGCUGCAGGGUAUAAGAGAAGUUCCCCAAGCAAAGGUCCAUACAGCUCCUGUGAGCCCUGCAGCUGUAGAGGAGGAAGAUGUGACUCUGAAACAGGUUGGUGACGUUUAACUUUGUCCAAGUGUUGCUGUAUGUUUGUGUUAAUAUAUUUUGUUAUGUUGCUAUUAAUGAUGAGAUUUGAUUGAUUUUCAUCAGGACAAACCUCAUUUUGUAAUAUACCCUUCCCUGGAUAAGUUAUGGACAUUCAAAUCAAUGCUUGAAAAUACAAUGUUCAUAUAUAAUGAAAAAAAUGUAAUGCAGGACAAAUAAUGUCUUGAUGAAAGUGUGUGUGUGUGAUUUUGUGUUGUGCCGUUCCACAGGAGACUGUUACUCUGCAGAUGAGACCCCUGGUCGCCAGACCUGCCAGCUGGGGUAUUAUAAUGACCCUGCCCAGCCACGCUCCUGUCUGAAGUGUCCCUGUCCCAAUGGAGCUGCCUGCUCUGUGAGCCCAGGAACCACGAGGGUCAAGUGUGACCUCUGUCCACCUGGCACCACUGGUGAGUCACUGUCACAAAGUAGUGCACUAUAUAGGGAAUAGGGGUGUCAAUUGGGACACAACCACAGCCACAGACUAUGGCUGUUAGAUGGGAUAGAGUACUAGGGCAUUCAUCAUUCAAUGUCAGCUAUUUGCAUAUUUGAUUUUAUAUUUCAUAUUGUACCUCUUCCUCCCUCCUUACUCUCAAUAGGCUCACGUUGCCACACCUGCCAGGAUGGUUUCUAUGGCAAUCCCUUGGGGGAAAAUGGCGUCCAGAGGCCUUGCCAGCGCUGCCAGUGCAACGGGCACGUGGACCCCAACACUGUCCGUAGCUGUGACCCGCAGACAGGGGCGUGCCUGAAAUGUCUGAGUCAUACCACUGGCUUCUUCUGUGAGAAAUGUGUGGAUGGCUAUCACCACAGCAUGCCAUCAGAGGCAUGCAAACGUAAGGACAGCACCUUGUUUGCUCCCCAAAUCCAGCUCUUUCACACAUAGACACGAGGCACAUAGCUCCUCCUUUAGAUUCUAACAGUCAAAUAUUGUCUGCAGUUUUAUAUACAUUCUAACAACUGUUUUUCAUUUUGCGUUCUAGCUUGUGGCUGCAAUUUCCAGGGCUCUCUGUACAACAAAUGCAGUGACAACGGCCAGUGUUCAUGCAGAGAAGGCUUUGAGGGUCUGAAGUGCCAGCGUUCUGCAUGUCCCUCCUGCUUCAACCCUGUCAAGACCAAGGUAAGAUCCACUGGGAUUAUUUUAUCAAUGUCUCCUUUUUCCAUUCAGGUCAAACAUGUCACAGUGCUCUCUCCAAUGAUUAAAUGGCAGCACUGUGUACAUCCCAAAUGGCACCCUAUUCCCUAUAUGCAGACCUUGGUCAAAAGUAAUACACUAGCCUAUAUAGGGAAUAGGAUUCCAUUUGAGACGCAGACACAAUAACUGGACCAGAAAUAAAGCUACUGGCUGUGAUAUUUGUUCUGGCUUCACUGUGCUCACCCUGUCGCUGAUUCAACAUCCUUAAAGCUUAGUGGGUUAAUGAAGGAAUAGCUGUACAAGGAUUUUGUUACGAGAGGAAGAGGUUUAGAGUGUCUUCUUGCAAGUUGUGAUCUGGCAUUAGUAUUUUUGCAAGAACAUUUCUUCAUAUGGUCCUCUCAGUAAAUAUACUACCUCUACCUGCGAGGGGAAAGUACUUGACAGGUAAAUGAAAGAUUUGUGUCGGGGUGUAUUCUCUCUGGCACUGCCUACGCUUCCUGUGAACUAGGAUGAAAAGUGUGUCCCAAAUGGCACCCAAUUCCAUAUACUGUAUAGUGCACUAAUUUUGACCCGAGCCCAAGGGCCCAGGUCAAAAGUAGUGCACUAAAUAGGGAAGAGGGUGACAUUUGGGGUGCUCCCUCUCCCUCCCCUCAGGCUGUAGUGUGGGAGGAGGAAUUAAAAGGAGGACUAGUUGAAGUAUUCAAACACAACAGUUAACCUAUGAAGUUAUUUCUCUAUCAUAACGAAUACCUUUCAGGGUUUGAAUCUACUGCUCCAUCUCACACUUUGCCUCCAAUUACAUAUUUUGGAUGUACUAUGUAGGCCUACAGUAUAGUAUUGCAGAGGUAAAAAAAUAGUUUUUUUUGUUAACCUUUAAUUAAUCUCACCAAUCUAGACUCAGAUAUUGUGUGAGUGCUGGCCUCGAGCCAGCUAUUGUUUCAUCUAUCACCAGAGAAUAACCUUUCAUAAGCUCUAUUUAAAGCUUUCCUAUCCCGUUGGGUAAUGUGUCACAGAUGGAGGGGUACACUCGUAAACUGCGGGAGAUAGAAACUCUGUUUACGGGCAAGGAGAGUGCCAGUCUGCCAGUGAACAACGCCCAGAUGGAGAGAGCCAUCAGAGCAGCACAGGACAUAGUCACAGACCUGCAGAGAAAUGCACAGACACUCUCUGGUAAGUCAUUCAUAAUAGUUAUACAUCGUAGAUACUUAAAGGAUCAAAGGAUCACUCAUUUUCUAAUUAGUCAACAUAUAUUAAUACCAUUCAGGAUGGUUGUCAGGCAUCUGAAACAAUGUGAAGCACCGUCCAUGCACUGCAUCUCUGUCACACCCAAAUGUAUCUCACAUUCAGUUUGUGAAGCAUUUGGUUUAUACGUAAAGUGCAAAGAUCUCAUGUUGGUGGCUUGUUUUGUUUUGUUCUAUUGAAUAGAAUCAGAGAAAGACUUACAGGCCCGGCUCUCAGACAUCAGUACAACCCAGCUGAGUGAAGGCAGAGACAUCCAGGCGAUCUCCAACACCAUCAACAACAUAAAGCUGCAGGACCAGAAGUACCAACGACAGGUCUCUGAUGUUCAGACGCUCAUUAAUGAUGUGCGGCGCAAACUAGAAGAGGCAAGACUCAACAUCAAACAAGCUGUGAGUUAUACAGUAGUAAAGUAGUUUUCUACUUUUGUUACUGAUGUGAUUGUCAUCAAACAAGGAGAGAGUAAGGAGAGACAAAUAUGUCUAAAUGUAUGCUUGUUAAUGAUUCCCAAUGUUAGGAGUUCCCUUUAAGUGAGGCAGAAGCGGACACAGACAGCCUCUCUACUCUGGUUCAGAGAGCAACAGGCCUGGCUGAAAAGUGAGUACUGCACCCCUCCAUGUCCCAUUCAUACAGACUGGAGAAUCCCAUGUCAGAAAAUGACUUGUCGUGCUAUGGAUGACUCUAUGUUGUAACUGUUUAUUAGACACCAGAGCAAAGCGGGGACAGUGGAGAAGGCAGCAAACAGUGCCCUUGCAGAGUCAGAGAAGUCCCUGGCACUCAUGAGAUCUGUCAUGACAGGGGAAAACAAGAUCAGGGAGCUUAUCAGUGAUCUCAAAACCAAGUAAGAAACUCAUGUCAAUCUCCAGUCAAAAUACAGUAGAGGAUAUAUCCUCUACUACCAGCCAUGUAAUGUUCUGCAAAAUAACAUAAUUGAUGAACUGUUGUUGUUAUAUUGAUAUUUGUUAUAUUUGGUUUUCCUCUGGUCAGGUAUGAUGAGAACUCAGCCCAGGUGAAGGCCAUGGAGAGCCUGGCCACUCGCCUAAGCAGCUCUGCCCAAGACGAGAGCAGGAUGGCGGCUGACACUCUGCAGCAGAUAGCCUCCCUGGAGCUGAACAUCCCUGGUCCUCUCAAGGUAUUGAGCAGAACAGGCCUCUCAGCAGGCUCAUUUCUCUGGUCUCUAUUUGGUGACUACUCUCAGGUCAAGUCUUCUGAGAUAUCUUAAAAAUCAUAAUAGGCAAAUAUUGAUAGAUAUACAGUGUCUGUGUCCUGGAAUAUGAGGGACAGAAUGUACUUGUGUCCUAGAGAGCUGAAAAGAGCAUUCAAUUUCAACACCUUUCACUAUGAACAUUAUGAAAUCAUUGUGUCUAACCAUUGGCACCUGAACCUGUCUCAAAGCAUGUUUGUAAAGCGAGAUCUCUAAAUUGUUUCCUUGCUAAGUUACAUUUAAACAUAACAAAGCAAUUAACGAUCAAGGACAUGAGUCAGCAGAAAAUGCAAAGAGGGGGAGGAGAUCGAAUUAAAACCUGGCUGGUGAGGAAUCUAGAGCAGGUCUCCACAGAUUUGUGUGCGUGUGUAAUUACACUUGCACAACACACUGAGUCUGACUGAGCUUCUGUUUCUGGCAAAAGGACAUUGACAGUGUGGCGGCUAAAUUGGAUGGCCUGAGAGAACGGGUGGAGGAGAACCUCACAGGGUACCAGGCGCUACAAGAGGACACCCAGGAGGACAAGGCUGCAGUAGAGGACCUCCUGGUCCAGGGGAAGGCAGCUCAACAGGUACACUAGUGGCCUUUCACUAUUCACUCAUCAGCUUUUAGAAAACAUUCUGUGUAGGAUUGGUAGUAUAUGAUAUCUUAUAUUCCAACUUCAAAGGUUUCUGAGAACUAUUUUCCUGCAACGUCUGAAAUUCGCUGAUAGAUUAUCCAACUGAAGUAUUUCAAUAGUGUAGAAUUAGCUAAUGACUUCACUAACCCUUAUGAAUGGUAAUAACUGGCACGAUGUUGAUUGUUGGUAUUUCUCUCGUACAGGAAUAUGACCAACUCCUUACCAGAGCGAAUGCAGCAAAGGCUGACACAGAACUGGCCCUGAAGGAUAUCACAGAUAACAUUGAUGGGGUGGAUGGCGCACUGGAGAUGCUCAGAGGUAUGACAAGACUUUCACAUUUCUAUAUGUCUUAUUCCUACUACAACACAGUAUAAAUAUUAAUAAACUAUCUGCAUAUUAUGUGACAAGGCCGGCCCACAUAUUAGAAAAGCACAGACACACAGUAACUGUAAUUAUAUCUCAGAGUUUAUAUUUCUCAGUUGAAUGAAUAAUGAAGUUCAACAGCACUACAGGCAGUUACAGCAGGUGUAAGUUAAUCAUUAACAUGCACCAAAUACAACGAUUCUCUCAUCUAAAAAGCACAUACAGUUGAAGUCGGAAGUUUACAUACACUUAGGUUGGAGUCAUUAAAACUUGUUUUUCAGCCACUCCACAAAUUUCUUGUUAACAAACUAUAGUUUUGGCAAGUCGGUUAGGACAUCUACUUUGUGCAUGACACAAGUACUUUUUCCAACAAUUGUUUACAGACAGAUUAUUUCACUUAAAAUUCACUGUAUCACAAUUCCAGUGGGUCAGAAGUUUACAUACAGUAAGUUGACUGUGCCUUUAAACAGCUUGGAAAAUUCCAGAAAAUGAUGUAAUGGCUUUAGAAGCUUCUGAUAGGCUAAUUGACAUCAUUUGAGUCAAUUGGAGGUGUACCUGUGGAUGUAUUUCAAGGCCUACCUUCAAACUCAGUGCCUCUUUGCUUGACAUCAUGGGAAAAUCAAAAGAAAUCAGCCAAGACCUUAGAAUUAUUUUUGUAGACCUCCACAAGUCUGAUUCAUCCUUGGGAGCAAUUUCCAAACGCCUGAAGGUACCACGUUCAUCUGUACAAACAAUAGUACGCAAGUAUAAACACCAUGGGACCACGCAGCCGUCAUAAAGCUCAGGAAGGAGACGCGUUCUGUCUCCUAGAGAUGAACGUACUUUGGUGCGAAAAGUGCAAAUCAAUCCCAGAACAACAGCAAAGGACCUUGUGAAGAUGCUGAAGGAAACAAGUACAAAAGUAUCUAUGUCCACAGUAAAAUGAGUCCUAUAUCGACAUAACCUGAAAGGCCGUUCAGCAAGGAAGAAGCCACUGCUCCAAAACCGCCAUAAAAAAGCCAGACUACGGUUUGCAACUGCACCUGGGGACAAAGAUCGUACUUUUUUGAGAAAUGUCCUCUGGUCUGAUGAAACAAAAAUAGAACUGUUUGGCCAUUAUGACCAUCGUUAUGUUUGGAGGAAAAAGUCAGGAAGUUAAAGCUUGGUCGCAAAUGGGUCUUCCAAAUGGACAAUGACACCAAGCAUACUUCCAAAGUUGUGGCAAAAUGGCUUAAGGACAACAAAGUCAAGGUAUUGGAGUGGCCAUCACAAAGCCCUGACCUCAAUCCUAUAGAACAUUUGUGGGCAGAACUGAAAAAGCGUGUGCGAGCAAGGAGGCCUACAAACCUGAUUCAGUUACACCAACUCUGUCAGGAGGAAUGGGCCAAAAUUCACCCAACUUAUUGUGGGAAGCUUGUGGAAGGCUACCCGAAACGUUUGACCCAAGUUAAACAAUUUAAAGGCAAUGCUACCAAAUACUAAUUGAGUGUAUGUAAUCUUCUGACCCACUGGGAAUGUAAGAAAUAAAUAAAAGCUGAAAUAAAUCAUUCUCUCUACUAUUAUUCUGACAUGUCACAUUCUUAAAAUAAAGUGGUGAUCCUAACUGACCUAAGACAGGGAAUUUUUACUAGGAUUAAAUGUCAGGAAUUGUGAAAAACUGAGCUUAAAUGUAUUUGGCUAAGGUGUAUGUAAACUUCCGACUUCAACUGUAUUUAUUACAUAGUAUCUACAACAUAGCAAAUAUAGCAAAUAUAUUUAAAACUGUAUAACAAAAAAAGAUAUCUAGAUACUGAUACACUAUGGAUACACCUGCCAUAAAACACUGAUGGUUAUGUCUAAAUCUCUUGUAUCCUACAGGGUUUGACGGCCAGAUCAGCAAGAACAAGGCUUUGGCGGACGAGGCCAUAAAGAGACUCCCUGGCAUCAAUGCCACCAUUCAGCAAGCUGUUGGCGACAACUCAGAGACCUUAUUCAUCAUAGGCAGUGUGUCUGGAGACUACAAUGAUGCACUGGGCACCGUCAGCAGCCUGGAAGCUGUGGUCUCUCAACUGGAGGUACCCUAACCAACAGACUCUUUCCUUUCAAUGGAAAUAUCCAACUGGAGUUCAUAUGCUAAUCCACAGCUUGUGCUUUUAGCAAGAGUCUGUAGAAGGAAAAUGUCAGUUGGAAAAAACAAUGAGGUUAAUGUCUUGAAUCACUUAUGCAUAUGAGCCCAUUCAAUUCCAGACAUGACCUAUUCACAACCAAAAUACUACAAUUUUAGACUACCAGGCGUGAUUCCACAUUUGUUACAAAGCUCUUAUGGAAACUUCAAAAUGAGCUAAUUUGACUGUUUCUUGUUGUCUGCAGGGAAUGUCCGGCUCUUUACCAGUAGCUCCCGCUGAUCUACUGAAGGACGCCACCAAGCUGAAAGGGGACGUGCAGGAUCUGAAGAACCAGGCGGUAGCCACUGUUUCCAAAGUGGCGGCAGAGAGGGCCAACGCUGAGGGACAGAGAGACAGAGCUGCAGAGGUCCGUUUUAGUGUGAUGCCGUCAGACAUAAUAUGUUAUACCUUAACAAACCUGUGUCAAUGUAAAGGAUUCAUGUGAAACUCCAGUACACACACAAAUUAAAGGUCUGUAAUGUUUGUAAUACUUUGUAAUGUUCUUUCCCUCAGGCUUUAAUGGGAGGAACUGGUGCCUACAUCAAUGCCAAGCAUACUAGAGAUGCAGUGGGAGAAACACUCCUGGCCAUCAAUAACCUCCUGAGCAUGAUCGGUAAGUUCCCCCAACAACUACAAUCAGUUAACCUCACACAAAACAAAACCACUUGUGUUUUUGUCUAAUUUCACUCACCAUCCUAUCUUAAUAUUACCUCUGUUUUAUGACAUUAUGAUUUAAGCUGGUGCUGACCAUUGGUCCUCUCCUCUCCUCUCCUCUCCUAACAGGUGAGCCAGGCAGUGUGGACGAGGAGAGGCUGGGUGAGUUGGAGCAGUCCAUCGCCAGUGCUCGUGGCCAGGUCAACCAGCAGCUCCGGCCUCGGCUUCAGGACCUGGAGGAGAAGGAAGCCGGCCAGAGGGCCAGGUUGUCUGGCCUCAACCUAGAUAUUGAUAUGAUCCUGGACGACAUCAGGAACCUGGAGGACAUCCACGCCAACAUCCCUAAGGGCUGCUUCAACUCCCCACCUAUUGAGAGACCUUAAUCCCCACCUAUUCAGAGAUCUAAGGUUACGUCCCAAAUGGUACCCUAUUUCCUAUAUAGUGCAGAAGGGCCCUAUAUAGGGAGAAGGGUGCCAUUUGGGAUGCCUACGUUUUUGGCAAAUAACUCUGAAUGUGUUAUGGUAUUAUGUGUGAGGAAAAAUGUGUGUUAAACUAAAUGUAUUUAAAAAAAUGUUUUCUGUGAAGUUUCAGACUCAAUAGAAGCAAUAUUUUCAGUGAUCUAGUAAGUGUUGAAAACAAUGUAUUUUCUGUUGUAUUCUGUAAAAUAAACUGCAAUAUUUAUUCCUUUCUUAACAAUACAAACCAGGUGCCACUUAAUGCAACACAAACACAUUGAAUGAAUGUCAAUUAAUGUGAAUGUGUUUCACGUAUCCUUCUUUUUCUCUUCAACUGAGAGACUUACUAAAAUACAAAAUAUCUAUUGUUACACACUUGGUUUAUUAUGGAGGUAUUGAUUGACUCAGAGUAGAUGUUAUAUUGUGUCAGUCCAGUUAGUCCACAGUUGAAGAUGAGAACAUACAAAUAAUUUCCAACCCAGCAAUUGUAGCUCAUAUUACAUAGGAUUCCCCCAAACAUCAUUUUUCAGGACUACUUACCAAAUAAAUCAAUGAACAGAAUAAAAUAUCAAUCAAACGUCUCUUGAUAUUAUAUCUAUAAGUCAUCUAAACCCACUCAGCUCGAAUUAAAGCCUCAGGUUCUAUGAAACCUAUAGUAUACUAAAAUUGGCCCAUAAUAACUAGGACCACGACAAUGCAUCUUUUUCAUAUCAGAUUUUCCACUACAUCUUGUUUAUCUAAACCAGUCUUUGAAGAAUACAAAGGAACUGAUGUUGUGUAUGUAAAGGAGUACCCUGCUGAGAUGUGUUUGAUAGAAAGACUCAAGGGAUGCAUGUAUAAAGACCAUCAGCUUGAAGGGAUAUUGGACCCAGUUCAGUUUGUACAUCAUGUAUUACAUUUGGAGCACACAUAAAGAAGCAAUGUUGUGAGUCUGGAGCAUCUUACACUGUGUACAUUUUACAUUUACAUUUUAGUCAUUUAGCAGAUGCUCUUAUCCAGAGCGACUUACAGGAACAAUUAGGGUUAAGUGCCUUGCUCAAGGGCACAUCGACAGAUUUUUCACCUAGUCGGCUCAGGGAUUAGAACCAGCGACCUUUCGGUUACUGGCACAACGCUCUUACUGAUAGUCUUUUUUGGAAUCAGCUAUGAAACUAGCAGACCGAUUAGUCUAUAAAAUAACAUUACUUGCAUCAUUUUUAUAGCCUCCUACUAUUUGUACUGGACUCCAAGUGCAUCGUCAAAUCAACCAAUCCUUCUGAUCUUAAUUCCACCCCUCAGAUGUCCACAGACGAACCCAUCUUUCCCACGUAUAUUACCAUUUUACUAUUUCCUUUUGCAAUACAUCCUUCUAUUUUACUGUUUCUCUAUUUGUACCAUUUCUACCACGAUUGCCCUAAAAAUAAAUACUUUACCUAAGCAUAUAAUCAUAUUUCCCAUUGAUUGAUCGUGGUUUUUCAGAUCUCCUAACAGUACUGUUUGUAGGUCCAUCUGAACACAGACAUUAUGACUCAGCAACCACUCCUGGACCUGACUCCAAAAGCGAGCCACCGAAGCACAGUACAAAAAUAAAUGAUCUGUUGAUUCUGUUUCUUUGUUGCAGUCUGCACAGGGCUGACUGUUCAAUGCCCCUUAUAGUGAACAUUAUUUUUGUGGCAAGAAUUUAUAUAAUAGUUUAAAUUGAAAAGAACAGAUUGAUGUGUCAAAUGUUGUUUUAUAUAUCAGUUCAUAAACCCAAUGACGUGGUAUUGGAACAUCAAAAAUCUGUUCCCAACUAUCUUGAAUUUUAUGCGGUAUAGUCAAACCUCUCGACCUUAAGUUAAACUGAUACAAUUUAUACUAGUCAUUUUAAGCCAUGCAUGGUUUUUGAUUGGCAGCAGACAAACUAAUUCAUCCCUUUCUCUUAUGAGUAAUUGCCACAUCCAUUUUUAUGUCAGAGCUGCGAUGAGUUGGUUAUACUUUUGUAUUGAGCAUACAUCUCCAUACACCUUUGUUAAUUACUUGCUUGUGUGACAAAAUUUGACUGUCCUUAUUUACAAUGUCAUUCAUAAACCUUGUCUUUCCUCUAUCAGUACACUGGAGUUUAGCCAUAUUAUUUUCUGUAAUAUUUGUUCUGCCUCUUCUGGAGGAUGAAAUUGGAAUUGUAACCAACUCUGUAUGCCUUUAAACAGGGUUCCAUUGUCAAAUGUAGCCUGCUCAAAAACCAGUUUGGAUUUAGAUAUCAUUUUCAGUCUUUUUAAGUGAGAGGUUUAAUUCUUUAAUAUUCAAUAGUUUUAACCCUCCAACUCAUGUUCGUUAUGUAAAUAUGCCUGUUUUAACGUUUUCUGGCCAUUCCAGAUAAAAUGUAAUAUUACUUUCGACACGACUUGAAAAUUGUCUAUUGAUAGUCUUGCAUCAUGUCAGGCUUCUAUGCUCUCCACAAGGCUGGAGAAUGACAUUACUAUAUGGACAACUAGCACUUGUGUGUCUAUUUCUUAAAAAUCAUGAACCAUGACAUUUCCGGAAAUAGUGGAAUGUAUUUUGCUUUUGCUUCCUUGCUAUUAAAAUUGAAUAACCUAAUAAUCUUAGCCAAAUUUACACAUACAAAGCUACUGUAAAUAUGUAUGCAAGAUGCUUUGGUCACAAUUAAAACCACUUAUUAAACCAAAAUGUGCACACUCAUUUACCCUUCCUUGCAGUAAGACUGUAUAA